AUGGCUUCCACUACUCCGGCUAACAUCAUCGGCUCACUUACAUUUUGCCCAGAAUGUGGUAAUCUUUUAGAUAUGGCAGGUGGCGAUGACGAUAUUCUCGUGUGUAAUCAAUGCAGUUGCGCUUUCAGAACAGCGGGUAUCGAAGCAACCGAAGUUAUCACCACUUCUUCAGAACGUGCAUUCCAAUCGGCCUUAAAAUCCAAGCGUCAUUUGGUACAACAAAGCAAAGAAGCCAAACAAGCCAGAGCUAUUAUCAAAGAAAAAUGUCCCAAUUGUGGUAACCCCGAAAUGGAAUAUCAUACAAUGCAGCUACGUUCUGCAGAUGAAGGUCAAACAGUAUUCUAUAACUGUAAGAAAUGCGGUUAUAAAUACUCCGUCAACAAUUAG